UCGGGGCCGCACUGCGCACGCGCAGGUUUUCGUUCCAAAUUCGAAUAAUGUUUUCCGAAGUGCUCAGGUGAUUCGUGUUUGUGUUUUUUUUUCAGUGUAACCGACUUAGGAUUUUUAGUGAUCAUCCAAGAUGGGUUGCAGUCUAACGUUCGUCGACACGAUGCUCAACAGAUCCUUCUACAAACUGGGCUUGAUAGUGGGAAAGAGACCGGGCUACUUCAUCAUCAUCCCCGUCCUGCUCACUCUGCUGAUGAUCACGGGCUUCCAGAGGAUCUACUAUGAGAUGGACCCAGAGUACCUGUUCUCGCCCGUCAGCGGUCCGGGCAAGGUGGAGAGGAGGAUAGUAGAGGAACACUUCAAGGUCAACUACAGCCAUCGGUUCAGCGUGGGACGGAUAACACGACCUGGUAGAUUCGGUCGCGUGAUCGUCGUAGCCAAGGACAACAACACCAACCUCCUCAGGACCGAAGUCUUUCGGGAGUUACGAGAACUUGACGAGCUCGUGAGGAAUAUAACGGUCACCCUGCCCACAGGAGAAACCUUCACUUAUCGAGAGGAGUGCGCGAGAUGGGAAGGGCAAUGCUUCACCAACGAUAUACUGAACUUGGACAAGAUUAUUGGAGAGGUGGAGCGAGGCGAGUUGAACCUGACCUUCCCCAUCAUGUUCAACCCGGUGACGUGGGAGGCCCACGCCUUCCCCGUGUACUUCGGCGGCUCAACAGUGGUGGACGACAUCAUAGUGUCAGUCCCGGCGGUGCAGCUGGUGUGGUUUCUGAGGACUGAUACGCCGCUGCAGCAGCAGAGAGGAGCUGAUUGGGAGGACGCGUUUUUGGACGGCGUGGGCGAAGCGGAAGACACGGGCCGAUUCAAACACAUCUCAAUAGCGAGAUUCGCUUCACGCACCCUCGACCACGAGUUGGAGAAAAACGCGCAAACCGUCAUACCGUUCUUCAGUUCCACCUUCAUCCUCAUGGGCAUAUUCUCCAUAGUGACAUGCAUGAUGGGGGAUUGGGUGCGAUCGAAGCCUUGGUUGGGUCUGCUAGGAAAUAUAUCUGCAGUGAUGGCUACGUUAGCAGCGUUCGGCUGUGCGAUAUACUUGGGAAUUUCGUUUAUUGGCAUCAACUUGGCUGCGCCAUUUUUAAUGAUCGGUAUCGGCAUCGACGACACUUUCGUAAUGCUGGCAGCAUGGCGGCGCACCUCACCACGCCUGCCGGUUCCUGAGCGGAUGGCCAUCAUGUUGUCAGAAGCCGCUGUCUCCAUUACCAUUACCUCUGUUACCGAUAUGCUCUCGUUCUUCAUCGGUAUCUUCUCACCGUUCCCGUCCGUGCAAAUCUUCUGCAUGUAUUCCGGUCUAGCAGUCUGCUUCACUUUUGUAUGGCAUCUGACAUUCUUCGCUGGUUGUGUCGCUGUGUCCGGUUACAGGGAGAAACAGAACAGACAUACCAUCACCUGGUUAAAGGUGCUACCUGAGUCUAGAGCCAUAAAAGAAGAAAAGUCUUGGCUGUACCGAAUGUUCUGCAGCGGUGGAAUAGAUCCAGCCGAUCCAGACAACCCAAUUGACAACAAGGAGCAUUGCAUUAUGGCGUUCUUCAAAACCACCGUCGCUGACUUGCUCAAUAACAGCCUCGUUAAGGCCUUAGUCAUUGUCAUAUUCUUGUGCUACUUAGCGGGUGCCGGGUAUGGAGUUACCAAUUUAAAUGAAGGUUUGGAAAGACGGAAGCUGUCGAAAGUGGACUCGUACUCUGUCGAAUUCUUUGAUCGCGAAGAUUUAUAUUACAGAGAGUUCCCGUAUAGAAUACAGGUAGUAAUAAGUGGAAACUAUAACUAUUCCGAUCCGAAAAUCCAGAACGAGGUGGAGGUACUGACGCAGAGGCUGGAGAACACCUCGUACAUAUCGAACUCGCUGUACACGGAGUCUUGGCUGAGGACGUUUAUCACGUACGUCGACAGAAACAACGACUAUCUGAACGUAUCGAUCGAAAGCGAAGAAGACUUCAUCAAGAAUCUCAAAGAGUUGUGGCUAUUCCCAGCAAAUCCAUUUUCAUUAGACGUGAGGUUUAACGAAAAGGGAGAUCAGAUACUAGCGUCCAGAUUUUUGGUACAAGCCAUCAAUAUCAGUGGAACUAAUCACGAGAAGGAGAUGGUUAAGGCUCUGAGAGAAUUAGUCGCAGAAUCACCGCUCAACGCCUCCGUGUUCCAUCCAUACUUCGUUUUCUUCGAUCAGUUCGAGCUCGUCAGACCCACAUCCAUCCAGAAUCUGUGCUACGGAGCUCUAAUGAUGAUGAUUACCUCCUUCAUAUUCAUACCAAAUAUCCUAUGCUCGUUGUGGGUCGCAUUCAGUAUAAUAUCAAUAGAAAUCGGAGUUGUCGGCUACAUGGCCUUAUGGGACAUCAAUCUGGACUCUAUAUCGAUGAUAAACUUGAUCAUGUGCAUUGGAUUCUCCGUAGACUUUACUGCCCACAUUUGCUACGCGUACAUGGCGUCAAAGGCCAAGGACCCUAAGGAAAGAGUCAGCGAGUGUCUAUACUCUCUUGGACUGCCAAUCGUUCAAGGAUCCUUCAGUACAAUUCUUGGAGUGGUCGCACUACUUUUGGCAGACAGCUACAUAUUCUCUGUCUUCUUUAAAAUGGUAUUCAUGGUUAUAUUCUUCGGGGCGAUGCAUGGUCUAUUCCUACUACCGGUGCUUCUGUCUCUGUUUGGUCCGGGCUCCUGUACUCGAUCGAAAGAUGCCGAUUUGAAAAUCACGAAGGCAGAAAAGUGUUAUCCCAACCCGUACAUGCCACAUCCCCAACUGAUGCUACACGAUAAAAUGUAUAACGGGAAGAACAUAAACCCAAACGGCAUUUACAAGAUAUACGGCGACGAUAAAGACCUAGGUUUGGGAACGUCAGGCGAAGAUACUAGCGAGAGCAGCUCCAACCAAUCCCAACGUCGCCAAAUAGGCAACGACGAUACGAGGAAAAAAUACGACGAAGGCUGGAAGAAAUUCAACUACUGCCAAGGUGGCAGCCAAUUCCAGACCUCGGGCGAAUUAGAUCUAUACGGGCAGGACGCGGAACGGACCUGGCAAAGACAGCGGUACGAUGCGAAUCGGCGGGCGUUCGACAACAGAAGACAUAGAGAAGAAGAAAGAAAGGGGAGCGAUUCAAACCCCAGAGAGGGCGCUUACAGAGUGACCAGGACUCACUCCCACCACAACCUUCAGAAGGCCCGAGCGCCCAGACGUAGCAAUUCACACCACAGCUUAGAACAUUUAGACUACGUCUCGGAAAUGCGGUUUCCUUGACAGUAAAUCAACAAACUAGAGUUUAAGUGUGCUCAAAUGUGGACCAAAGUAUUACAUUUUACAUUUUAAUUGUGUAAAUGAGACUAUUUUAAGUGGUAACUUGGUUUAGUGAAUUUUGGGUCUACGUUAAGUCAAAUUUAGUUUAUUUUUAAGAUUUCCUAGUGUAUAUUGAAAACUGUUUAAACCUGACAGAAUUUUGUACAAUUAUUUCUAAUUGACUGUUAGGCUUAUAGAAAUAGUUUUAUUUUGCUAACUAUAUUUUGAGUGAAAAUGAACAAACAUGUUUGUUCGAUGGUGUAGUUUACUGAAGGACUAGGUAGCUCCAUCUAUCAGGUUUUAUAGUUACUAAGCAAGGGCG